AUGUCACAGGAAGAACCGCACCAGGUGUUUUGGGAGGUUUCAAUUCCGCGUGGCAGCUCAGCCGACAUCAACAACAAUUCAAUCCUCCUAUGCACUAUAGUGAGUUUUCGGGGAUCUUUUAUGGCCACUGUUAGGUUGAAAGCUACCACUACUUUGAAACUGAAGCUCAAAAGCUUCCCCUGGUCCGAAAAGGACCCCAUGUUAUUCAAUGGCCACACUUGCAAGGGCAAGCAGUUUUCUAAUACCAAGUUUGCCGAACUUGAAAGGGACCAGAUCGAAGAAUAUUUGCCUCGACAGUAUCCGAAGCCAGACUUGACGGUAGGAGGCACUGGCCCAACACCGAUACCAGGGACCGUCUGUCGACUUCACGGGAUUCCCAUCUCUUACACGCCUGGUAUAAUUUCCAAAUUGCUGUCUAAAAUUUUAAAUAUCCCCUCCGCUUCGAUUCAGAUCAAAUCUUUCGCGAGAAACCCGUACCACGGGGAAAUAACGGCUUUAGUGUCAUUCACAACAUUUCCGAUGAAGCUCAAGCGUACACAGUCAGGCCGAUGGCAAAUUUCCGUGCCAUCGACAGAAUUGCCGAGAACUGAGGAUACUCAUGCGAGCCCUCCGUCGUCAUUAUCGAGCCCAAGCCUUGAUCUACAUUUCGAUACCAAUUUCCUUGGAUUUACAAAUCUCAGUCCUUUGUCUGGUGAUCCUUUUAACAUUGACAUCGUCGCGGUACAUGGCCUUGGUGGUCACGCCUACGGGUCUUUCAAGCAGCGAGGGGGGCCUUACAUGUGGCUGAGCGACUCAUUAUACGAUAACCUACUCAAAAUUGCGCCAUCAGAAAAGUUCCCACAGGGAAUCAGACCAAGAAUCCUUCUAUAUGGACACGACUCUCACAUAGAUCAAAGCCAGACAUUCCAGUGCUUGGAGGACCUGGCCAUUGACCUCAAGAUUUUGCUUCGUGGGAUACGCGAACAAGAUCCAACCAGGCCACUGAUUCUUAUCGGUCAUAGUCUUGGUGGCCUGCUGAUCAAACAACUUUUAAUACAGUGGGCAGUGGAAGAGGGCAGCGCCACUGACAAGUCAAGCCGUGAGGCCACCACUAGUCUACUGCUGUUUGGAGUCCCGAAUCGCGGGAUGGACAUCACCGCCAUAUUAUCAAUUGUUGGGGAACAGCCAAAUGCUGAGUUUAUAUCCUCGUUGGGGAUCGGCUCUCCCAUCCUAGAAGAGCAGUCAAAGGCAUUCCCUGCACUUUGCAAGUCCACCAAAAUGCGCAUAUAUUCUUUCUUUGAGACAUGUCUAUCAAACACAGCAACAAUGAUUGAUGGAAAGCUGAGCAUAACUGGCAAGCCAGUAGUCUUGGUCGACAAGGCGUCUGCGACUCAUGGGCGACCGUGGGAGAUGAACAAUCAAUUCAUCAUUCCAAUCCAGCGCACCCACUCUGAUUUGGUCAAGUUUGAUUCGAAAUACAGCCACGACUAUGAGAAGGUACGAGGUUGCUUUAAUGAAAUCCUCGGGCCAGGAAAGAGCAUGCGUGUUGAGGCACUUCCUCUACAGUGA